UUUUGCCUGUCCAAUUGACUAAUUAUUCCAACAAGAACGUAGGUAAAUUUAGUAUAAUGGAAAAUGAGACAAAACGCAUGACUUUUUGGCGGGAACGCAAGGAGUGAAGUGUGUGAUUUGUUUUAUUUUGUCUAUUUAGUGUUUCUUCCGGCUUAAAUGUGUAAUAACGGUGGUUUAUUAACUGUUUAAUAUUUGUGAAAAUGCACAAAAGUAUGAAAAUGAAACAAAGCCGCUGGACGUAACUUCUCGGGAUCCUCCAAAAAGUCCACUGAAAAAAUCUCAAUGAAUGACCACCAUUUUACUGAGAUUAUAUUUAUAUUGUAUUUUCAUAUCAUCUCAUCUCAUUUCAUUAAAUUUCAUCCCAGUUGAUCAAUGUCUCAAAUUAAUCAUCUUCAUUUCCUUUCAUUUCACUCCAGAUUAUCAUUUUUCAUAAUAAAGAACAUAAUUAAGACAUGACCUAAAUGUCUUAGUUACCAGGUCAUAAAACCCCUUAACAAAAAAAAAGUAAAAACGCAAGCGGCAAAACGGGCAAAACCCCGAUUUCAGUGAAUUUUCUAUAAAACUAAAAUCUGUAUGUAUUACACGACAAAGUUUUAUCAGAAAAAAUUAUGCGGACGCAAUCACCAAAGAAUGAAAUAGCGAUGUCCAGAAAAAAUGAAACCUUAAAGAAAAACUCAAGGAAAAAAAAAUUCAAAAUCAUAAUAGAAGAAAAUUUGGAUGUAGAAAGCCAUCUCUGUAGACUGUGUCUUAACUCAGCUGAAAAGAGUUUAUACAGCAAUAACUUUACUUUUGAUAUCAUGUACUAUAUUAAAUUUGUUCUAGGAAUAGAGGUAGCACAGAAUGAUGGCAGGCCUGAUCACAUUUGUAGCAACUGUGAGAAGAUUUUCCAUGACAUGGAAGAAUUGAAAAAGACAGCUAAAGCCACACAGAGGGUAUUGGAACUUGAAAUGACGUCAAAUGCAUUAUCACAGCAAAAAGGUAAUGGUGAUUUACAAUCAAUUGAAAUUGAACGCAAUGAGAAUCUUAAUUCAGCUCCUACAUUAUUGUGGACUUGUAAAAGGUGUGCAAGGAACUUUGAAAACGAGAAUGAUCUAGCUGUACACGAGAAAGACGAAACUUGUUCGAAAGACAAGAGAUAUGUUUGUGAAAUAUGUGGUGUCGAAAUGAAGUCGAUGGCCAGACUAAACAGACACAGUGACGUGCUACAACACGCGUGCGCGUCGUGUUCGUAUCGGGGCCGCACGUUGUACGCGCUGCGCACGCACGAGCGCACGCACACGCGCGCCCGCCCGCACGCGUGCCCGCGGUGCGCGCGCACCUUCCGCAGCGCUGCCAACCUCGCCUCCCAUCGACGGAGGCAUCAGCCGCCGCGCUACCACUGUCCUACGUGUACGAAGCCCUUCAGGUUCAAGGAGGUUGGUCCUCAUCGUCAGAGUCUACAGAAUCACUUGGCAGCCCUACACAGUACAGCUAAACCUCAUGUCUGCAACACAUGCGGAAAGGCCUUUGCUACACGAAAGCUACUCUGUCGCCAUGAAAGAAGAGUUCACAAUCGUCCAAAAAUACGAGCAGGAAAAAUGCCAACAUAUCUAAAACAGCAGCAAGACAAUGUAACUUGAACUAAAUGUGAUAAAAGUAAAAUCAAAUUUAUUUCAGUGAGGAACUAUUUGAAAUUAGUUUUCGCAAAUGCAAAAGUUACUUCGGUAUUCAUGAAAAGAAUAGUGCAAUAAAUGUAUUAGAGCAA